GCACGUGGAAGGGCCCUGCUGGCGCCCCUUACCCUGCCUUCCACCCACGAGGGCCCAAUGGCUCGUCACCGGAUGUGACGUGUCCUGACUUCCGCCCCAGAAGGGCGUUGAGAGCCAGUUGGAGCCGGUUGGGGCCAGUCAGGACAGGACUCGGGUCAGCAGAGGCAGACCUUCUGGGCACAGAUAAUUGGCCCCCAUCACUACCUCCUGCCCACACCCCUGCCUGCUGUCCCCAACGCCAUCAUGCUUCACAGUCCAAAGAGUCAGAGUGGCAAGCUUGAAGCAGGCCUUCAGGUGCAAAAAGAGGCUCAGGGCCUGGUGGGUGCACAGGUGCCUGUAGCUGAAGAGGAGGCCGCCUCCUCCUCCCUUGCUCCUUUCAUCCAGGGCACCCCAGAGGUUGUACCUGCUGCUGGAACACCAAGUGUUCCCCAGAGUGCUGAGAGAGCCCUUGAAGCCAUUCCAUCAAGCAAAUCAAAUGAGGGCUUCAGCACCCAAGAAGAGGAUCCAAGCAUCUUCCGGUCUCCUGAGUUUUUGCUCGGUAGUGUGCUAAAUAAGAAGGUGGUUGAAUUGGUGCAGUUCUUGAGUGUGAAGUAUGUAACAAAGGAGCCCAUCACUGAGGCAGAAAUGCUGAGAAAUGUCAUCAAAGAGCAAAAGAAUCACUUCCCUCUGAUCUUCAGCAAAGUCUGUGAGUGCAUGGAAGUUGUCUUUGGCAUUGAAGUGAAGGAAGUAGACCCCACCAACCACACCUAUGUGCUCAUCAAAACACUAGACCUCACCUACGAUGGGAUGCUGAGUGAUGACCAGGGCAUGCCCAAGACCGGCCUGCUGAUACUUGUCCUGGGGGUGAUCUUCAUGGAGGGCAACCGUGCCCCUGAGGAGAAAGUCUGGGAAGUGCUGAAUUCCAUUGGGGUGUAUGCAGGGCAGAAGGAUUUCAUCUACGGGGAACCCGUGAAGCUCAUCACGAAAGAUUUGGUGAAGGAAAAGUACCUGGAGUACCAGCAGGUGCCUAACAGUGAUCCUCCACGUUACGAAUUCCUUUGGGGUCCAAGGGCCCAUGCAGAAACCAGUAAGAUGAAAGUCCUGGAGUUUUUUGCCAAGGUCAGUGGAACUGACGCCACAUCCUUCACAUCCUGGUAUGAGGAAGCUUUGAGAGAUGAGAAAGAGAGAGCCCAAGACAAAGCUGCCGCUGGGGAUAACACUGCUGCCAUGGCCAGUGGAAGUUCCGGUGUCAAGUCCAGCAGCCUCUCUUGCCCUGAAUGAGGUGGGAGGAAGAUUCCCCACUCUGUUUUUGAAGAGGGCAAUCAGGGUUCUAAGUGGUGGAGGGCUGAGUUGCAGAUUUUAUCUUUAUUUUUGAUCUUUAAUAUUUUCCAAACAUUCUUCCUCCUAAAAUAUUUAUUAGCUUUAGAGUCUAGAUGUGUGAAUGACAUUGGUCACAUAUUUAUUGCUUUUUGUCAGGUUUUAGAGUUAAGAAUUUUGCUAUUCUGUAAAAUAAAUUGGGAAACCUUUCAUCUUAUUUUGUGAUCUGGAACAGGAUAACAUGGCAUUGGAAUAGGAAUUGGAAACUUGCAAGAGUCUAGCAAUAAAAUAGAUGGGGUCAUUCAAUAAAAUAGGGAAAAAAUGUAAAAGAUGGCUAUCCUAAGAAUCCUGUAUCCCAUUUAGUCUGUUGUUCUGUAAAAUUAAAGAUACACAUCUGGAUUUGCUUGGCUAAUUAAAGAUGUUAGAAAUGAAA